CUAACUUUCCUUACUCUCAACUCUCUCUCCAACAACCAUCAUGCCUGUUGCGGCUAUAACUUUCCCUCAAGAAGCAUAGGAACGCGCGUCAGACGAUGAGUUAUUAGUGCGUAGACGGGGUCGGAGUGGUGGUGGGAAGAGCAGCAGUUCCGGUAGCGGUAAAUCUAGUUCUUCUGGCGGUUCGUCAAGCAGCGGCAAGUCCUCCUCCAAGCCUCCACCGUACUCCCCACCACCGUCAUACCGCUCCUCAGCAAGCAGCUUCCAUACUUCUUCCGGCUCGUAUAUGUCUGCCUACGGCGUCGGUUCCACGACUGUCCGACGGCUUCCUGCUGGCGUACCCUUCGCAGGGCGGUCAUACGAUGGAGGAAUCCGCCCCCAAGUAUAUGGAAGCAGGACAUUCGGCAGCGGGUACCCAUAUGGAGGGGGAGGAUACUGGCUUGUUGGCCGACCGUUCCCCUUCGGCUUCUGACCGAUAUACUACCAUCCAUAUUAUUAUGGGAACGAUGAGUACGGACCGGAGAACAACUUCUCCCGUCCAGGAGGGGCGGAAUCGAUGACCCUUAUCCAGUCUAGCAACACAUCUGUCUCUUCCAACGCCUCCCUCCCGAGUAACACAACCUCCAACAGUACUAUCGCGUCCAACACUACUUCCGCACCUCUCAAUACCUACGCGAUAAUGGGUGACUCCGACUCUGUCCGCGCGGUGCUCGACGCGCUCGUACUCAACUGCAGUGUCAUAAACUCCACUAUAACCCCCUACAGCUCGAGCGCUUCCAACUCCGCCCAGCCCGAGCAAGCAGUACAGUACUACCGCGCAUCCUCUUUCGCACUCUUCCUCGAGGGGUACAACAACACCGCUGCCUCUGCUGCCAACGCUCCACCAAGCAACACGACCGCGUCCAACGUGACGUCCGAUACGCCUCUCCCCAAUAAUAUCAACCUCGAUUUCUUGGACUGUCUAAACCAGACGAUAGGUAACGCUGUGCCUAUGACGAACAACGCUGCAGGCCUUGCCCCGGUGUGGAGGUUGAUAAUCUUCUUCUUGCUCGUGUGGUUCUUGGCUAGACGUAUGUGAGUUGUAUCGGUAUUGUAACGGCUGUAUGACUCUAUACCUUUUGUUGUGAUAUCAUGGUUAAUAUAAUA